AUGCACUCCCACGUCGCAGCAACCGUCCUCGCCGUCGCCACUGGCGUCAGCAUGGUCCAGGCCCACGGAUAUGUCGCCUCGUGGAACAUCGGCGGCGUCGACUACAAGGGCUUCGACCAGCAGUACCAGACCGACGCUUCCCAGCUGGACGACUUCAUUGCCUGGUCCACCACCGCGUCUGACAACGGCUUCGUCGCCCCGAGCGCCUACUCUGACGCCGAUAUCAUCUGCCACAAGGGUGCUAAGAACGGUGUGCUCAACAACGCCACCGUCGCUGCUGGCGAGAGUAUCACGGCCACUUGGAACACCUGGCCCGAGUCUCACCACGGCCCCGUCAUUGACUACCUCGCCCCUGCGGACGACCCUACCUCCGUCGACAAGACCUCGCUCAAGUUCUUCAAGAUCCAGGAGAAGGGCCUCGUCUCCGGCUCGUCCCCAGGCACCUGGGCCUCCGACGAGAUCAUCAGCAACAACCUGGGCCACGAGAUCAAGGUCCCGGCCAACCUGAAGCCCGGCAACUACGUCCUCCGCCACGAGAUCAUCGCCCUCCACUCGGCUGGAAACGCCGACGGCGCCCAGAACUACCCCCAGUGCGUCAACCUCAAGGUCACCGGCAGCGGCUCCGAGCAGCCCGAGGGCACCCUGGGCACCGCCCUGUACACCUCCGACGACGAGGGCAUCAACUUCAACCUCUACACCACCUUCGACUCCUACCCCAUCCCCGGCCCCAAGCUGGCCUUCUCCGCCGCCUCCAAGAGGGAGGAGCCCGCCCGCAAGCACGUCCGCGACUUCAAGAGCUUCGUCCAGGACGUCAACAACUUCUUCAGCGGCAAGAACGACAAGGUCGAGGAGUCUAAGGAGACCAAGAACUAA